UAAUGCACAUGUGAAAACAGUUGACAUUGCGCUGGGGACUUGAGUUGAAGAUAAAUGUUUUAAUUCCAAAACAAAUGAACAUGGCGUCCACCUGUGGAAGGUUGUAUCUGCGAUAUGGAGGAGCUCUGUCCUCCAACGCUGCCACGUAUCACUCCUACAUUCAAGUUCCACACUGUAUUACAACGAUAAGGAACUCAACCAAGAUCAGUAAUGGAUUAAUCCUCGCUGGGACUCAUUUAUCAGCUCAGACACGAUUGAGGUGGAGACCACAGACGUGGUGCUAUUAUAGCUUGACAGCAAAAUAUCUGACAACAGAGGCAAAAGAGAAGACUUAUCAAGAGUUGUCGAGAACAGACGUGGUUCCAUCCAAGAUCUCCCUGAUUCCAGAGACAGAUGUUUUGCAAAUGAAUACAAAUCCGCUGUUAUUAGACUUGGAUGAUGCUGAGAAAGUGUAUGCAUUGGAGGAGAUCAGUGAUGAAGAAGCUGUCAGUAUUUCUAUUCCUUCCAUACCACCAGGUUCCUCCUCACUUAGAGACUACGUUGACAAGUCAGAAACACUUACCAAACUGAUACAGCUAGGGGUGGAUUUAUGGAAGCUUGAACAAAGAACCAACGUAGGCACCAUGCUGCUGAGGCUUGACUUCACUGCAGAUGUGGCACCUCGGCUGCUGUUUCUCAAAGAGAUUGGGGUGGAGGAGUCACGCUUUGGCUAUAUUAUUAGUCACAACCCUUUCAUUCUCACUGCAAAUUUGGAAAACCUCCAGGCCAGGGUAAACUUCCUCAAGUCGAGCAAGUUUAGUUCGGAGACCGUUGCCUCCAUGGUUUCCAGAGCUCCUUAUCUGCUCAACUUCAGCGUGAAGAGACUGGACAACAGACUGGCUUUUUAUCAGCAGCACCUCAAACUCAGCGCUUCUAAUACUCGGAACAUCGUAGCUCGACUUCCCAAAUUACUGUGUGGCAGCUUGGAGCCUGUUAAAGAAAAUCUGAAGGUGUGUGAAAUAGAGCUUGGCUUCAAGGAAAACGAGAUCCAACACAUAGCUAUUGCUGUCCCCAAAGUGUUGAUAGCUAAUAAGAAGAAACUAACCAAAAUAUUUGACUUCCUCCACAACACCAUGAAGGUUCCCCACAACCUGAUCACAAAGUUCCCACAGGUUCUCAAUACAAAGUACUUGCGCCUCAGAGAGCGCCACCUCUUCCUCGAGUACCUUGGAAAAGCUCAGUAUGAUCCAGCUCUCCCCAACUACAUCGCUCUGGACCGGUUGGUGUCAUUACCGCAUGAGAUUUUUUGCACUGAGGUGUGCUUGGCCACAGUGGAUGAUUUUAAUUUGUUCCAAAAGACUCUUUGAUUCUUCAUCAAAAGACUUGAGUGGUGAAUGACACAGAAUAAACACCAUGACGUAGCACAGUUUGAAAUAAAAUGUACUGUAAAUACAAUGUCUAAAAAGUAUGUGUUCUUGAAAUACAGUUCUUAUUCUCCAAUAACAUUUGUCUCAUCAGAGGUUACUGUACAUAAAAUAAAGUGGAAUU